AUGGCAAACAAUCGCUACUAUAAAAACAGUGAGAUUGAUUAUAAUGUGCUACAUUCGUUACCAGAUGAUGGCUCUGUUGACAAUCAACUUCCACAACUGCAGAAUAAAGAUGACAUUUUCCAGGACAAUAAAAAUGAAAUUCUGGAUAUAGAAGGAGGUCAGUUAAAUUAUGACAAUGAAGAU